AUGGCAUCAGCAAAAGUGAGAGAAGAACUGUGCUGUUCUCUGUGCCUCGACAUUUACUCAGAUCCAGUAUGCCUCAGCUGUGGACAUCACUUUUGCAUGAACUGUAUUGAGAAUCUGUUUCAGAGACAGAAGGAAGCAGGAGUUUACACCUGUCCUGAAUGCAGAACCAUCUUCAAGAAGAAACCAGAGGUGACUAGGAGUCGGAAGCUUUGUAACAUUGUUGAGCACUUGUUCUCUGACAAGACAAAGCAGGAUGGGGUUAUUUUGUGCACUUAUUGUAUUGGCUUUAACACACCUGCCAUUAAGAGAUGCCUUCUGUGUGAAGCCUUUUUGUGUGAGGAGCAUCUCAAGGUACACAGCAAGUCACAGGAACAUGUCCUAACUGAGACAAAUUCCAGUGUACACAUGGUGUCUGAGAGAAAAUGUCUCGCUCACAAGGAAGUGUUGAAAUACUACUGCUUUCAGGAUAAUGUCUUUUUGUGUGGAUCAUGCUUAAAUAAUGGAAAGCAUAGUACACAUCAGGUUGACAUGCUUAGUAAUUUAUGCCAGCAGAAGAUGGAUGAACUUAAAUAUAUUCUGGAGAAAAUAUUAUUGACAAGGAGGAAUGUAGCCAAACAAGUGCAAGAUCUCAAAGACCAAGCCAAACAAGUGCAAGAAAAGGCAAAUGAACUGAAAGUAAGAACCAUCAAUUUAUUUCUGGAUAUUCGAAAGCAGGUUGAUGAACUUGAGAAUGAAGUCUUAGAUGAGAUCAGCAGGCAAAAAGAUGACAUUGAAGAUCAAGUAUCAGAAAAGAUCCAAGAGUUGGAGAUAUGGAAGGACGACCUUUGUCCAAAAAUCCUCCACAUUGAAGAGCUUUUUGGAGUUAAUGAUGCAGUAAGCUUUCUAAAAGAGUGCAAACUGAUCCUUGGCAAUGCUGCUGAUUUCAGGAACACUAUGAAGUUGGAACACAUGAGCACUGGGACUUUUAACCACAAAUUAGAUGAUGUACUUAUAUUGGUUACGCUGCAGAGCAGUCUGAACAGUUUUGUUCGGUCCCUAGCUCAACUGAAGGCAAAGAGAGGUUUUCAACUUGAAGCAGAUUUGAAUAUAGUGAUGGACUGUAACACUGCUAAUAGUAAGGUGGCUCUUACUAAGGACCUUAAAGCAGCCUCUUACCUAAAAACAGAUGCCAAACAGCCUACCGUUCUUGAGAGAUUUGCAUCAUCCCAAGUUCUGAGCACAACUGGUUUCACAUCAGGAGAACAUUACUUGGAAGUACAAGUUAGUACAAAGGGCUACUGGGUUGUUGGUAUGGCCUAUCCCACUAUAGAGAAAACGGGAAAUGAAUCUCUUAUUGGAUGCAAUGAAAAAUCAUGGGGAUUGGUAAUGCUCAAUAAUAAUCUGUCAGCUCUUCAUAACUCUAAAAGCAAAUCAAUACGUAUUGUAAGUCCUCUGCGAGCGCUUGGCAUAUACCUGAACUAUGAGGCUGGUCAGCUGUCCUUCUAUAUGCUUUCCAACCGUAUAAAACACUUGUACACCUUUCAAGCUAUCUUUACAGAGACUCUUUUCCCUGCCUUUUAUGUAUGUGGAAGCAGCUGGGUCAGAAUACACAGCUGA